AUGACAAAUACUUACAACUACAAAUUUGUGAAUUUUAUCAGAUUAUCCGAACAGUCUGGCUCGUCCAGUCCUUCCUCUAGAUCAUUACCUAGGUCAAGGUCAUUGGGAACUAGGGAAGCGUGGCUUACUGACAAGUGUGCCGCUCCCUGUUCUAACAUUUUUGUAAAUGAUAGUCGUUUACCUCCUGUUCGACGGUUUGAACUUGGUUCGUCUUCGCGACCACUUAAUCGUGAAAACGCGAAAAGUUUUUCACAACAGAGUUCAUCUUUGUUCCCAAAGAUUUCUUUUAGAAUGACUGGUCCUAUUUUGAUUUCGAGUGAUUCGUCUUCGAGUUCUGAAUGUAGUCAUAGGUUUGUAAAUACAAUAAACCCUAGAUCGUCCUCUUCAAAUUUAUCGCGCGAUACUUCAUCUCCCAUCGCACAAGAUUCUCGCGGACAAAAGAGUCCAAGUCCAUUACCUUUAAUUGUAACAUACCCGACAAGGUAUCCUUUUAAGAAAAGGAAUUUUGAUAAUUAUAAAUCUGCAUUUGUUGUCUCUGCUUCCUCUGACUCGUCUUCUUCUACUGAUUCUUCUUCUGAAUCAGAUUUCGUUUCCCCUCAAAUCAAGGAAAUUAUAGUGAGAGGCGGUGCUGGUGAGAAGAAGAAGCAGAAGCUGAAUCCUGAUACCAAGAAGAAAGUAUUACAUAUUGAUCCCGAAGGAGAGUCCCCAGUCAAACAUAGUUCAAUGGUGGCUUCUUUGAGUAUGUUAGAGAAGAUAGCGGCCAUGCGAGGUGCUGCAGAUGCCGGCCCUUCUAUUCCUACUAAGCCUUCCAUGUCUGCUACCACCACUGGUGCUGAAUCAAGCGAAGGUGCCACCGCGCGGUUGAAAUUACCAGGUCCUCCAGCUGCCCCCAUCAAUGUCAUCCCCCCUGAAAAAGAGGUAGAAGGUGUCUCGAAGGGACAAAAGAUGAAAUUUGAGGAGAUUAACGUGGGUUUCCCAUACCUCAUUUAUUUUAGGGAUGGCUGGGAGUUCGAUAAAGACAUGUUUGACAAGGGCAGAGAAAUAGGUCCGCGCAUUGAAGCGCUACCAAGGGAGAAAUGGCUGGGGACUUCUGCGAAGCUGAGUAUAGCGAAUCAGUUCAUUAUGUCUGUGCCUGGGUCUGUUGAUUUCUUGAAGGAAUGCAUUGAUGAAUUAAAGGGGGAGAUCGUUCAAUAG